AUGCUUAAUGUCUCUGAGGCCUCAAGAUUUACCGACAUGUACGACCUACCACCCCUUCCUUCCUACACCCUAUCGCCGGUAGAGCCUCUUUUCUUCAUUCCGGACUUCUACCUGACUCUCUUUCUACCCGUUGUGGUCUAUUGGAUAUUCUCCAUGUUUUUUCACUUGAUUGAUAUAUAUGACAUUUGGCCUCAGUACAGAAUUCACACUCCAGUAGAGAUUCUCAAGCGGAACCGCGUCUCUAGAUAUGAGGUUGCACGCGAUGUCAUCAUACAACAGAUUAUACAGAUUUUAGUGGCCACUGUGCUAAAUUUAAUGGAACCAGAGCAGACCGUAGGGAAGGAAGAAUACGAAAUAGCCUGCUGGGCAACCGUACUUAGGCUUGCACAGAGAGCCCUGCCACAAGUCUUUGCUCUUUUCGGACUUAAUGCCAGUGCUAUCUCCAAAAAUAUAUCUCAAUCUCAUCCAAUGCUCGCAGGCGCUCUUUCAGGUGGACGGUACUCCUUUCGGACGAUGGGAAUAAAUGUCGACGGAAGCCCAUCAAAUCAAGCCUUUGCCCAUUGGGAGUUGGCUGCUGCCAGUAUAGUGUACUGGUAUAUUGUACCUGCUUUCCAAUUCCUAAUAGCCGUAAUUUUUGUAGACACAUGGCAGUAUUUUUUACAUCGCGCAAUGCAUGUAAAUAAGUGGCUUUACACUACUUGUCAUUCUCGACAUCACCGCCUGUAUGUUCCUUACGCUUAUGGAGCCCUCUAUAAUCAUCCAUUCGAGGGAUUUUUACUCGAUACUCUUGGAGCUGGACUGGGUUACAAGCUGGCUGGCAUGACUGCCCGGCAAGGCAUGGUUUUCUUUGUCGUUUCAACACUUAAGACUGUAGAUGAUCACUGCGGAUACGCUCUACCAUGGGAUCCAUUACAACAUAUUACAAGCAACAAUGCAAGUUAUCACGAUAUUCAUCAUCAAAGUUGGGGCAUUAAAACCAACUUUUCUCAGCCUUUUUUCACAUUUUGGGACGGAUUUCUGGGGACGAUGUGGACUGGGGGCAGAACCACUCGAUACUCAACUAAGAAAUCUGCGAAAAUCCGAUCUUAA